UCAUCCCAGGAUUUGAAUAACUGAUUUGAUGAACUCCGUCAACAGAAGAGACAACCAGGACAAAAGUUUUAAUACAUUGAAGAAAAACCAUGAAAUAUGGACUUUAGUGUACUAAAAAAAAGCUACACGCAAACACAACUUUGAAAUAUGAAGAAGACUUUUACCGUUUACCCAAUCAGAGGCUGACUCCUUCCUAAUAAGAUUUGUCAAUAAAACAUCAGUCUUUCAGUUUCCCUUACAAAUAAUCUUGCAUGCUUCAGCUACGCACACCGGGUGGCGUUAGCGGCUGAAAGCGGGAAUAAACAUCAGCUUGAGAAAUUAAGAUGAUGCUAUCUUCUUCUCUCCUUCCUCCACUACUUCUCCAACUAGUGUUACUCAGCCAGAUCAUCCUGGUGAUCCUAAUCCAUUUCCCAGAACAAACAAGAGCUCAAUCAUAUAAAAACAUAAGCUUGGGUACCACCCUCACCACCUCCGGCACCACCACCAGUUGGCUGUCCCCCUCCGGAGACUUCGCCUUCGGCUUCAUUACCACACCGUCAAACACCACCACCACCACCACCAGCAGUCUCUUUCUUUUGGCCAUUUGGUUCGCCAAGACUGCAGACAAAGCCAUAGUCUGGACUGCCAAUGGCAACAACCCAGCCCCUGCUGGUUCCAAACUCUACCUCAGCUCUAAUGGUCAGCUUUUACUAACAGGCCCUGCUGGAGAUACCAUCUUCUCCUCAACCUCCGGCGGCUCCCAUGCAGCCAUGCUCGACACCGGAAACUUAGUUCUUGUUGACGCCAGCUCCGGCAGCACCAUUUGGCAAAGCUUUGACUACCCAACUGACACAAUCCUCCCCACACAAGUCCUGUCAGCCAACUCCCGUCUACGGUCACGUCUCGCAGCCACAAACUACUCAAAAGGCCGGUUUACGCUUUACCAGGACAGCGGUAAUUUCAUACUCUCUCAGGUAGCAAUUCCGACUGGUGACUUGUACAAGGCUUACUGGUCUAGUGAUAAAGCAGCAGAUGGAGCUCAGCUCUUCUUCAACGGCACCACAGGCAAUAUCAAUUUCUAUUUUGCCAAUAAGACACUUGGCAACAUUAUCUCAGCCAACUUGGACUCAUCGUCCUUGUCAGAGUUCUAUCAAAAGGCCACGUUGGAUAUUGAUGGAGUCUUUCGAUACUACAUCAACCCAAAGAACAGUAGCAGUGGCAGUGGUUGGAUAGAGAAGUGGAGUAUCAGGAGCUUUGUUCCUACUGACGGCUGCAUGAGGAUGGUCACUGAUGAUUGCUGCGGAAGUGGUGUUUGUGGUUACAAUAGUUUCUGUCAAAUGGAUGCUGAGGAUGAGUUAACAACUUGCAAGUGUCCUGAUGGCUACUCACCCAUUGACUCCGGCGACGAGUACAAAGGUUGCUCCCCGGACUUUGCCCUGCAGCGGUGUGAUGUAGAUGACUCGGCAAGGUUUCAGCUCACGGCGAUGAGGAGCGUGGAUUGGCCUAGAAUUGACUAUGAACACUAUAGUGAUGUGAGUGAAGAGCAGUGCCGGGAGUAUUGUUUGCAAGAUUGCUUCUGUGCUGUGGCUAUUUUCAGGGAUCAAGGAUGUUGGAAGAAGAGGCUGCCACUCGCUAAUGGCAGGAGUACGGGUGUAGGACAGGGUACCAUGGCCUUCAUCAAAGUACCAAAGGAUGGUGCAAUUUCCAGAGAUAAUCAACCAGCUGAACAGAAAAAUAACCCCAAGAAGGGGUGCUCAAAGGCUUUGAUUGUUGCUGGUUCUUCGCUUCUGGGUGGCUCAGUGUUGAUGAACGUGCUUCUUCUUGCUUACACUUUGAUAAUAGCCUUCUACUUCUCUGUCAAAAGGAAGGAGAAACAAGCUCAAACAUAUCUGGAUGCUGUAGGGUUCAACCAUCAAUCUUUUUCUCACAGACAGCUCAUUGAGGCCACUAAUAACUUCAGUGAAGAGCUUGGAAGAGGGUCUUUCGGUAUAGUUUAUAAAGGGGUGUUGAGAAGGGAAACUGCAAAUAUCAACGUAGCAGUUAAGAAACUGGACAGGCUGUCAAAAGAUGCGGAGAAAGAAUUCAUGGCAGAAGUAAGAUCAAUUGGGCAGACACACCACAAAAAUUUGGUCAGAUUGAUUGGUUUCUGCAAUGAAGGGGAAAACAGGCUGUUAGUGUAUGAGUUCAUGAGCAAUGGCUCACUGGCAAGCUUCCUCUUCGGCGAAACGAAGCCGGAGUGGAACAAGAGAGUGAAGAUCAUAUUAGGUGUGGCCAGAGCACUGUUCUAUCUGCAUGAAGAAUGCACUUCUUCCAUUAUUCACUGUGACAUCAAAAGCCAGAACAUACUCUUGGAUGACAACUUUGUUGCCAGGAUAUCAGAUUUUGGACUGGCAAAGCUUCUGAGAGCGGAUCAAACAAGAACAAGCACCGGCAUUCGAGGGACCAAAGGGUAUGUGGCACCGGAGUGGUUCAAGAACAUGCCGGUGACCACGAAGGUCGACGUUUAUAGCUUCGGAGUGUUACUGCUGGAAAUCAUUUGCUGCAGAAAAAACUUCAAACAAGAGUUGGCAAGUGAUCAUGAGGAAGGGGAAGUCAUUCUAGUUUACUGGGUUUAUGAUUGUUACAGAAAUGGGAGAUUAGAUCUUCUCUUGGUGGCAAGUGACAGAGAAGCCAUGAUUGACAGGAGAAGGUUGGAGAGGUUUGUGAUGAUUGCCAUUUGGUGCAUCCAAGAAGACCCAUCACUAAGACCUUCAAUGCAGAAGGUGACACUAAUGCUUGAAGGAUCUGUUGCAGUUCCUGUGCCUCCUGAUCCUUCUUCCUUCAUGAGCUCAAUCCAAUAGGAAUCCAUGCUAAUUAAACCAAUGAACAAUACCUAAACAAGAAUAUAAGAACCAGACACAAAAGCAAACACAAAAAUCCAAACACCAGAGAUAAAAGAAGGGAUAGCAAAAGAAAAGAAGG